CCGGCGUUUCAAACAUCUCAAUCAGUUUCGCUGUCUUCUGAUAAACUGCACAUCAGUGUUCUUGUUCACUCUUAAGGAAUUCACUUGUUAUCUUUGGAAGCGAGCGGAACUUGGUUAAAAGACCCGUUGGAAUGGCAUCUCUCGUGGUAAAAAUCUUGUGUGUAGUUUGCAUGUAUGGCUUCGGGCCACUUCACAAUAACUUUGUGCAUGGGGCAACGGACUCGUCCUUAGCUUGGGACAUACGGAUCCGAGAAACGCUAAAUAAGCUCCAGACCAGACCAUGUUGGGGCCGUUCGAGGGGAUCUCAGUGCGACGACUCCAUCAUUGUCGGUAUGGAUACGCGCAAAAUGAGACUGUUUACCGCGGAAGGCCAGAAAAAGUCCAUCCUCAGAGUAGUGCUACCAGACAGAAGACAGCGGCGCCUGACUGCACGUUCCCACCGGAAUGACUCCUACGACGCGGUCUUUGUGCUGGAUCCGUAUCCCGACACAAACUUCGGCCAUGUUGUGUUCAUUUUUCUGGUGGACUUUGAUGUGAAUCAGACUGUUUGUCGCAACAUGAAUGGUGUUCCUGUUAAUACUGGACGGAAAGAAUGCAUCAGGAGAGCAGAAAAAGUACACUGUAAAAACCGUAUUGCUCACAGACAAGUUAAGUGUGAAAUAAAUUUCAUACCGCUCGUACAUUCUGUGAACGACGGAAAACGUAAACAGCUUCUCCAUUGCCAUGAAAGUCUAACUACGCGCCAAUUUGCAAGCUGUGGAAAACGUGAUGUACAGGACGAACUUUCACUGCCUUGUAAUGUCAAUUCUGUGCAGGGUUGUUCGUUAGGAAAGCGUCCCAAAUCUCAAGAUUCAUGCUCUUAUACCACUUGUGACCAUGCUGUGUUGGUGUCUGGUGGCUGGAAUCCGGACGCAAACCAUCCACGAUAUCGCCGAAAUCUUCAUCAAAUGUGGAAACUACUGCACUUAGAAGUGCAUUACAAGAAAGAAAAAAUCGUCACUUUCUUUGGCCAGGGUCAGAAGGAGGAACUUUUUGAUGGACAAAGAGACAACUCUUUUUUCGCAAGCAGUCCAACGGGAGUCAAAGAGUACAUCAAGAAGCUUUGUCGAGCUCGUAACUGUGCAGAUUCAAUCACACUUUAUCUCACUGGGCCGUCGACUAGCGAUGGCGCUCUUCUGUUCCAGGACAACGGGGACGGCAUCACCGAUGAUUCCGAGCUUUACACACCAAAACAACUUCUAGAAGACGUGAAAAACUGCUCAGCAACAAGACUCUUUAUCGUGGCUGAUUACAGCUAUUCUGGUGCCAUGAUCAAUAGAAUUACCAGCAGAAUGCGCCGACAUCCUGAUCAAUUCAGGAAUCUCGUGGCCAUUUCUUCCUCCUCGUGGAAUGAAUACUCAUGGAAGAGUGAAUUUACUGAGGCGUUCGUGAAACAAAAUAAAGAACGAAGGAAAACAAAAUGCGUGGCAGAUGUUUUCGAGGAAAUCAAACAAAAAUUUCACAGAAUUGGCGCGUUGUCCACCCCGCAAAAGACGCCAAGAGAUGGAGGUAAAUCUAACAUCACUUACACCACGCUGAGUGGAAGAAGUUGCAAUGAAACGUGGUUUACAGCGAAGAUGGCCAAACCUUGCCAGUUGAUACCGAUAGAUAAAUGGCGACGAAAACCAAGCCAGAAUGGUAAUAAUUAAACGCUAAUGGCUCUUAAAAUAGCAGUAAAUAUGAUAUACGAUGUAAAAGCUCUCAUGGUAAAAUAAGAGAUUGAGUAGGUGGACAAGAUAGAUCUUUGGGAUGCCUUAUAUAUUUAUUGACAGUCUAAACUAAAAGGAUCGACUUGAGAGUUUCCUUUUUACAAUUAAGUGUCAGUUGUACUUGCAUAAAAUGCUUCACUAGUUGAGAAAAAAAAAGCAGUCAGAAUGUAUUUUCUUUCUGUCAAAAUAUUUCGCACGGUCAAGCGAAUAUCAUUGAUGAAGCCCUCCAUAUUGAUCACGCAAAGUAAGUUUUAACAAGUGUCUGGUAUAGUCACACAAAAAUUUUCUACUGUACAAAGUAAAAAGAGUUUAAUUUUUUUUAGUAGUAUAAGUAAAGUAUAAAUCAAAAGAAAGGGUAAAACUAAGCUAGCCAGAUAGAAAAUUCAUUCCGAAACAAAAUAAUGCUGUAAAAACCUUUUCGGUAGGGCACAGCACAGGUAUAUAUCCGCUGUGUUGAAGUCAUCAUUAGUUCGCAAUUUUACGGUGUAAGAUGCCUAAGCAUGCAAGAUGCGUAAGUAUGUGGUUUGUAGGCCCGCAAGGAAUGUAAUUUAUGUAUCUUAGAAUAGCCGUUAGAUUUGUUUUUAACUCUGUGACGAUUUAUAUUGAGUUGUUUACGAUAAAAAGGACAAAUAUUUGUGAUUAGGUAUUAAUUGUCAGAAACAAGGAUAUUUUAGCGCGUAAUUCUGCCUUAAGGCGGAAAAAUGUCACUCAACCAUUAAAAACGUGCGCAAUUUGCGACGUUUUCUUCUAAGCUACGCAAAUACCACGAGCAAGUUUGGCAUGUAAGACGCAGGCACACCUAUAUAUUGAAGUUACAGUAUGUCUUCCCUUGCGAAAGGGUUUGAGUGUUCUCGACACAGAAGAGUAUAGCUAUUUGUCACCCAGACGAAAACAACUUAAAGGUGUUGGCGGCUGCGUUAAAAGUUAAUAGUCUUAAUGUCUCUGUAAAUAACAAGAACUUUUACAUUGUUUUAGAGUGUUACUCUAGAGAGCCACUCGAAGCUUCUCAGACACUGCUCCAAAAUGGCGCGGGGCAGCCAGUCUCCUUUUGUCAGUCAUGUUAAGAGCAAGUUGGCGAACUGCCAGAAAUAUGAAGUGAAAUGUAUCGUAUAUAAACAUACCCAGUGUUAUCCUAGUAUAGUUCAAUUAGCCGGACUUAUUUUAAAAGAGAAAUUCGUCUUUUCAAGAGUUUCUCACAAGUCACAGUACAUAACCAUAUGCUUAGGUUACGGCGAGCGGGAAUGAAGGUUUUCUCUUUCUCAUAGAAGAUACGUACGUCCUUUGCAAGGAAGCCGUACUCUUAACGUUUAUAAAACGGUACUUAUGUUACGUCAAAUAGUCUGAGUUACAAGAAGAUUCUCUUGUCUCAAUAUUCAAGAGUUCCCUGAAGUAAUAUUGGAUGCAAACGGCUUAUGCGGAAUAGCAUUUGGUUUUAUUGGGGCUAAUUAGCCCCUGCCUUAUCGCAGUUCGCCUUAGAUUAAAGUAGAAAUAUAAAACUGCACUUAUAGCAGUUAGAGUACUUGGAUACUAGAGAAUGUUAGCCGAUGUAAACAAUGUAAAUAUAGACUAAAGAAAAAACUUGUUUAUUUGA